AUGGCGUCUCUCUGGGUCGGCCUCGUUGUCGGCGUCCCCACGUGGUACCUCGCGGCCACCUUAGUGGAGGUAGGCAUGGCAUGGUGGCAAGGUCUCCUAACGGUCCUAGCGGGCAAUCUCCUCGUGCUCAUCCCCAUGCUGCUCAACGGUCAUCCCGGCUGCAAGUACGGCGUGCCCUUCCCCGUCCUCGCGCGCGCAGCCUUCGGCGUCAAAGGCGCCAACCUCCCGUCGCUGCUCCGCGGACUCGUCGCCUGCGGCUGGUUCGGUAUCCAGACCUGGAUCGGAGGUUCGGCGAUCCUCCAGCUCGUCAUGCACUUGCCAGCGGCGCAGGGGGCUGCUGGGGCUGCGGCGCUGGCGGCGGCGCCGAACCUGCCGGGGUGGUUCGGCGGGGUGACGUUUGCGGAGUUGGGGUGCUUCCUGGUGUUUUGGGCGGGGCAGCUGGGGAUUGUGUGGCGCGGGAUCGAGUCCAUUCGCCAUCUCGAGUCUGCCAGCGCUCCCGUGCUGUUGCUCCUGUGUGCAUGUCUGCUGGCGUGGGCGUACUCCAGGGCGGGCGGUCUGGGGCCCAUGCUCAGCGCACCCUCGCUCUUUGCGCCGGGAGGACCCAAGCACGGGCAGUUCUGGAAAACGUUUUUCCCUGCCCUGACAGCGAACGUUGGGUUCUGGGCGACACUGAGCCUCAAUAUCCCAGACUUCACGCGCUAUUCUCGCUCGCAGGCCUCGCAAGCCAUAGGGCAGGCGCUGGGCCUACCUGUCACCAUGGUGGCGUUUGCCUUUGUGGGCCUCGCUGUCACCUCCGCCACGCUCGUGGUCUUCGGCCCCCCUGCCAUACCCGACCCCGUGCUGCUGCUCUCCAAGAUCCCCGGGCUGCUCCCCUCGCUGCUCGCCUGCACUGGCCUGUGCCUCGCCACACUCACCACCAACAUCGCCGCAAACGUCGUUGCACCUGCGAACGCGCUGGUGAAUCUGGCGCCGCGGCGGGUCUCCUUUGCUGCAGGAGCCACGGUUACAGCCCUUGCGGGGCUGCUGCUGGCGCCAUGGAGGCUGGUUCGGUCGCCGGCGGAUGGUGGUGGUGGUGGAGGCGGGGCGUUUUUUGCUUGGCUUGUCGCGUACUCGGCUUUGCUUGGUCCCAUUGCAGGGGUUCUUGUCGCAGAUUAUUUCUUGCUCAGGAAGACGGAGCUAGACGUGGAUGGGCUUUAUUCUUUGGACCCGUCUGGGCCUUAUUGGUAUGCGGGCGGGUAUAAUCCGGCUGCAGUGCUUGCGUUGGUGGCAGGUGUGCUGCCUAAUCUUCCUGGGUUUCUUGCUGCUGUGGGAGUGAUUGCCUCAGCAGUGGUGCCUCCAUGGCUGCACACGGUGUAUUCAAACUCAUGGGUGAUUGGGUUUAUGGUAGCUGGAGCAACACCUCUCGCGCCGAUCGGACGACCAGUAGCAGCGUCAGACGAGCCGUCUCGGAACACCGGUAGUAGGCGAUGCUCGCACCAAUCCUUUCCACAUUAUCCCCGCUCCCGCCCAGAUUAUGUUGACGCAGCAGCGACCCUGGCUGCACGCACUUCUUCACAGCUGAAUCAUUCCAACCAAUUGCCGACUUUAGUAGACCGUGUUUCGCGCAAUCCUCUCGUCGCUCGCUUCCACCGUUCACGAUGCCGUUGCUCCGCCGCGUCUCACGCGGCCGAUGGCGGACGGGACACCGCCGCAGCCGGCGGCGUUUCCCUGGGCUCUCCCGAGCUAUUAGAAGCUACGUUCGAAGGCCCCACAGGAGGGAUGCAAUUGAUUACAGCCACGUCGGUAGCAGACAACUUCGACGUCGCUGCCACGUCAGUCACCGCCGCCGCCGCCGCCGCCGCCGCCUCCGCUGCUGCUGCUGCUGCCGUUCCACUACGAGCAGCUGAGGAUGCAGCUGUUUCAUCGAGCGCGCGAAGCUUCGAACUGGAUGGGCUGAUGCACGACGAGAGAUUACGAGGAUCUGACCUGGAUCCGAGAGGAGAAGAAGCUAUUACUGCCAAGCUACAUGAAUCGAACCUGGCUACGACGACAGAGGCGGGUUUAUACGAGGCGGAGAAGGUUGAAUUUGGGCGGAAGGACGCUCGGUGGAGUGAGGAGGUGUGGGAGCAAGCGCGGAGUGUGGUGAGCUUCGCGGGGCCUGCUAUGGGGAUAUGGCUGUCGCACCCGAUUAUGUCUUUAAUCGACACGGCUGUGGUGGGACAAGGCUGCUCCACUGAACUAGCUGCGCUGGGGCCGGGCACGGUGAUGUGCGACCAGGUGGCGUUCCUCUUCAUGUUCCUCUCCAUCGCCACCGCCAACCUCAUUGCCACUGCCAUGGCGCAGCAGGACACAGAGCUGGCAUCGCGGCAUCUAUCACAGCUGCUGUUCGUGGCGCUCGUGUGUGGGCUGCUCAUGACCGCCAUCUCCCUCAAAUUCGUACCACAAGCCAUUGCCGGAUUUGUGGGCAACAACACUUCCAUCAUCCCAGCAGCGUGUGUCUACGCCAAGAUCCGAGCGUAUGCAUGGCCGGCUGUUCUUGUCACGUCUGUGGCUCAGAGCGCGAGUCUCGGGCUGCAGGAUGUGUGGGGUCCGCUGCGCUGUCUGGCAAUAGCGAGUGCAGUGAACCUGGGGGGAGACCUGCUGCUGUGCCCGCUGCUGGGAUACGGCAUUGCAGGGGCUGCCUGGGCCACUAUGGCCUCUCAGUAUGUGGGAGCUCUUCUCAUGCUGCACUCGCUGCACCGGGCGGGUCGCAUCCGCCUUGCCAUCUCGCCUCCUCCGCUCCCCGCACUGCUCACAUUCCUCUCCCUCACCGGCCCCAUUUUCGUCACCCUUGCUGCUAAGGUCGGCUUCUACACUGUGCUCACCUUCCAGGCUACAUCGCUCGGCACCAUUCCUCUUGCAGCACAUCAGGUGCUGGUUGGAGUGUUCGCCCUCUGUGCAGUGUGUGCAGAGCCUCUCUCUCAGACCGCCCAGUCCUUUCUUCCCAGCCUAUGCGUUGGUGUCAACAGGAACAUGCACAAGGCGCGGAGGCUGCUAAUGACGCUCACGCUCAUAGCAGCUCUGCUCGGCACCAUAGAGGUCACCGUCGCCCUCCUCGUCUCGCUUCGCAUGCCCACCCUCUUCACUGCCGACCCUGCUGUCGUCUCUCAGAUAGCGCGCAUAGCCCCGGCCCUGGCUGUCAGUCUGAUGCUCAACCCCAUCGUGCUCUCCUCUGAGGGAGCCCUGCUGGCGAGCAGGGACUUGGCAUACUUGGCGUCUACCAUGAGUGCUGCCUUGCUCAUAGGCGCACUGCUGCUCAAGGGGGCGCAGCACUGGGGGUUUGGUCUUGCUGGCAACUGGUGGAUCCUUGUUCUCUUCAAUGUG